GCGCCGGUUGGACCGACGAAGACAUAGAAGGAGAGGACUUCAUCAGCACAGAUGGUAACGAGCAAGAAGCCGACUCCUGCAGGGUUCUCGAAACUGAUUGUCAUCCUCUCGAUUCGUCACACCCAUACGUAGACGAGGAUGCAUAUGAAGCGCAAAGGAGCCACGAAGACGGGUGUGGUGAAGAUUAUCAUGGAGAUGAACACAUUGAAUUUAUUAACGGGACGAGCAGCUUUCUUAGUGAUGACGAAGUGGACAGUGUUGAUCAUAAUGUUGACGUCCUUGAGGAAUUCGGUCGGAGAGAAGGAGCUCCUCGUCCCCAACGUGACACUGCAACGGAUCAUGACGGCCAUUCGUGUGAGGCUUGCCGCUAUGUAGAGUCUGUUUCUAGAAGUCCACCAAAUGCAGAAGGCGCUAGCGCUGAAUCUUCUCCGUCAAGUGGAGUUUUUGUGAGACGCGCCGCACUUAAAAGCCAUGCACUUCUUCGUACACACGAAGAAUCUCAGAUAAAGACAGUCGAAAAGAGAGGAACGACAAAACGAAACACGACCAUGAGGAGCCAGCAAAUGGAACAGAGACACAUAUCAUCGGGAGCAGAAGCUAAAGGUGGAACAAGAUCGACAGCGAGAAGCGCGCGCGUAUCCUUGCAUGCUGAAAAUAUAACUUCGAGGAGAGCAAAUAUGAGAAGAUCGCAUCCACCGAAGAAAGUCUCAGUUUGUGUCGGACCAAGCUUCGACAUUCCAAGAG